AUGCCGUAUGCCAAUCAACCUAUCGUCACAUUAACAAGCUUUAACAAUGAAAACAUAAAGUUUAUACUGGAAGAGACUGAUUUAAGUGUAGCCAAUGCUAUUCGGCGUGUUUGUAUCGCUGAAGUCCCUACUCUUGCAAUAGAUUGGGUACAGAUUGAAGACAAUAAUACAAUGUUAAAUGAUGAAUUCAUUGCUCAACGUGUUGGGUUAAUUCCACUGACAUGUGAUAAUGUAGUUGAUAAAAUGACGUAUUUCCGAGAAUGUCCUUGCCGCGAAUUCUGUGAACAAUGUUCCGUUGAACUUACAUUGGAUGUAUGUUGUACUACGGAUGCACCAAGACAUGUUACAGGAGCAGAUCUCAUCAGCAGUAACCGUGAUGUACAACCUGUACCAUCAAGAGAUGCUGAUGACUCGUCAUACGUCGGUCAGGAAUCCAUACUAAUUGUUAAAAUGCGCAAGGGGCAACGCCUGAAAUUAAGAGCGAUUGCAAAAAAAGGUUUUGGUAAAGAGCAUGCAAAAUGGAAUCCAACUGCUGGUGUAGGGUUUGAAUACGACCCAGAUAAUGCCUUAAGACAUACAUUUUUACAUAAACCCGAAGAAUGGCCACGUUCGGAAUAUUCAACUUUACCGGAAAAUGAACAUCAGGCACCCUAUGAUCCAACUGGAAAGCCGAAUCGUUUCUAUUUCAAUAUUGAAACUUGUGGAUCAUUACAACCAAGAGCAAUUAUAUUCUCUGGUUUAACUGUAUUAAAAAGAAAAUUACAAAAUCUUUUAGAUAAUUUAACACAGGAAGGUCUUUAA